AUGUCGGAAGUACAAGGAACAGUUGAGUUUUCUGUGGAGCUACAUAAAUUUUAUAAUGUGGAUCUUUUUCAGAGAGGGUAUUACCAGAUCCACGUGACCUUGAAGGUGUCCUCAAGGAUCCCCCACAGAGUGAGUGCCUCCAUCGUUGGGCAGACAGACAGCUCCAGCCUGCACUCAGCCUACGUCCACGAGAGCACCGUGCACAGCCGCAUCUUUCAGAUCUUGUACAGGAACGAAGAGGUGCCCAUAAACGAUGUCGUGAUCUUCCAAGCUCACUUGCUCUUAGAUGGUGAAAGGGUAGAAGACGCAUUAAGUGAAGUAGAGUUUCAGCUCAAGGUGGACCUGCACUUCACGGACAGUGAGCAACAGCUGCAGGAUGUGGCCGGGCCGCCCUUGAUCAGCAGCCGCACGCUGGGGCUGCAUUUCCACCCGCGGAGGGGUCUGCACCACCAGGUCCCCGUCAUGUUCGACUACUUCCACCUGUCGGUGAUCUCCGUGACGGUCCACGCCGCCCUGGUGGCGCUGCAGCAGCCCCUGAUCAGUUUCACUCGUCCAGGAAGAGGCUCCUGGCUUGGCAAAGGCAGCCCAGACGUGGGGCCAGAACAGUCCAGCAUUUCUCUGGAGAACCUGGUCUUUGGAGCUGGGUACUGUAAGCCGACUUCCUCGGAGGGGAGCUUCUACGUGCCCUCGGAGAACUGCAUGCAGCAUGCCCACAAGUGGCACCGGGGCCUGUGCCGCCUGCUGCUGCACGCGUACCAUGGACUCCGCACCUACUUCCUGGUCAUCAUGCGGGACGUCCCAGAGCUGCCGCGCACGGAGCUGGAGGCCCUUGCUGUUGAAGAAACACUCUCUCAGCUGUGCUCAGAGCUGCAGAUGCUGAACAAUCCAGAGAGAAUAGCUGAGCAGAUAAGUAAGGAUCUCUCCUGGCUUGCCUCCCACCUGAUGGCUCUUUGGACCCAAUUCCUGGACACAGUGACUCUACACUCCCAAGUUACCACUUAUCUCACCCAGGAACAUCACACCUUGAGGGUCCGAAGGUUUUCCGAGGCCUUCUUUUACACGGAGCACCAGAAACUCGCAGUCCUGACCUUCCAGGAAAAUCUCAUACAGACCCACAGCCAGCUAUCCCUGGAUGUCCGGAACUCGGAGUACCUGUCCAGCAUGCCCCCACUGCCUGCAGAGUGCCUGGACAUCGAUGGUGACUGGAACACCCUGCCUGUGAUCUUUGAGGACCGUUACGUGGACUGCCCUGCCACAGGGCAUUACUUGAAUGUUUAUCCUAAUUUUGAUGUUCCAGUGACAAGUCCCACAAGAAUGAACCUAAAAGACAGAGAAGAGAGCCAUAACGUAAAUAGCAAAUCGUCUUUCACGGAAGACCUUGUCUUGGACCCCAGGAAACCACCCCACAUGGACUCUGAUGAAGAGGUUAUUAGGGGUCCAGAUCCAGGUGAGAAUGAGUCCACAUUAAAUCAUGCAGAUCUGUGCUCUGAAUCGCAAGUAUAUCUGACAAUUGGUGAAUUCCAGAACAAAGCGGGUCUGUCUGAAGAAGAAUGUUGGACUGGCCAAAGGUCUGAAGUUGGAACACAUCCACUGGCAGAUAUGGACACGCCCAUAAAGAGUCUGGGUCCAGAGGACGGGCAGGUCCCAGCGCUGACCUACAUUGAUGUGAAAUCGAGCAAUAAGAAUCCUUGCAGAGCUGAACCCAUGGUGGUGGAACCCAUCGUGGUGGAACCCAUGGUGGUGAUUAGUGCUCAUCGUGAGACUGAGACUUUGGGCGAUAGCUAUGAAUUAGACAGAACUGUGCUAAGCAAAAUGGCAGCAGGUGGAAGCCGUCAAAAUGCCAUCUCUUCUGAAAAGACAACACUCCAUGAAUUAAGUCCUCUUGGAAAGAGAGUAGAACAAGAGGGUAAGAUGGUGCUGCUAAGUCUGAAACCCAUCCCCUCUGAGACCUGUGAUCCACUAAGUUCUAUUCUGAGGGACCCCUUGGACAUUAGGUCUUCCCUAAAGGACCCUCACAUAGAGGAGCAGGAGGAAGUGUUAGUACUUUCUCGGGUCAUCAAGAGAUCUUCGUCUGUCAUAUCUGACUCGGGCAUUGAGAGUGAACCAAGCUCUGUCGCCUGGUCUGAUGCCCGCAGCAGGGCCCUGGAUUUGCCCAGUGAUCGGGAAGUCUUACACCAGCUAGUUCGAAGACAUGCCCUCCACAGGAACUCCCUGGAGGGUGGACACACAGAGAGCAACACGAGUUUGCCCAGUGGCAUCCAGGCGUCUCUCACCUCCAUCAGCUCUUUGCCCUUUGAGGAGGAGGAACGGGAGUUGGCACUUACCAAGUUGACCAAGUCGGUAUCCGCACCCCAAAUCAGUAGCCCGGAGGAGUCUGCUGAAGACACGGACACUAUGCAGCAAGGCGGAGGACUUGCUGAAGCUUCGGAUAUGCACACCAAGAGCAUAUAUUCCCCGGAAAACUGCUCCCAACUUUGUGGUGGCUCUAGAACCCAUGAUGCUGAGGUAGACCAUUCCCUUGUGGAGAUAGUUUUAGAUACUAGUGACCAUCAGGACCCUGGUUACAUAGACAUCCCAAAAGGUAAAGAGAGUCAGUUUGAUCCUCAAGGACACUGUAGUCUUGAUGGUAGAACUGAGAACCCCCCAGAUGUUGAUACCAAAGGUCUUAAUUUAAAAAUACCACACAUCAUAGCACUUGAAAAACCUAGGGACAGAUCUUUCCAUAGAACACUAUUGGAGACCCCAAAGGGCAUGCCUAAAGACUUGAAUGUUGAGGAAAGAGCUCUUUCCGACAGCAGCAUCUCAGAUGUUGAGGAUAUUGUCCACCAUAAGGUGCCUGGAUGGAGCCGUGCAUCAGGCAUUGGUGCCAUUGACCUGGAUCCAAAAGGGGAGCCAAGUGGCUUACCAUGCAUCACUGACGACACAAUGUUUACUAGAGGAGCUAAUGCUUCACCCGAGACUGAACGUAAAGCAGGCACCAUGUGCGCCACUGUGACUCACUCCACCCAUUUCCAAGAAUCUGAAAACGAAGAACUGAAAGCAGGCACUUCCAUCAUGGGGUCCCCACUGAACGCUCCAGAGACCUUUCCCCUGGACAGCCUGAAGGCUGUGGAGGUGGUUAACUUAUCUGUGUCUUGCACUGCCACCUGUCUCCCUUUCUCAUCUGUGCUCAAGGAGACCCCUUCCAGGGCUGGAUUCUCCUCCAAGCAGACCCCAUUCCCCAUCACUCAUCAACCCCUGGGCUCCUUUGGAGUUGUUUCCACACAUGCCAGCAGGUUGGAGGGAGAAAUCAGUGAAAGAAUGUUUAGUUUCUAUCAGGCCAAAGAAAAAUUUAAAAGAGAACUGAAGAUUGGAGGAUUUCUGUACAGUGACUUAUCUGUACUAGCUUCUGAUGUACCAUAUUUCCCACCAGAGGAAGAGGAAGAAAAUUUGGAAGACGGGAUUCACCUGGUUGUCUGUGUCCACGGCCUGGAUGGGAACAGUGCAGAUCUCCGGCUGGUAAAGACUUUCAUAGAACUGGGGCUCCCUGGAGGAAAAUUGGACUUCCUAAUGUCUGAAAAGAAUCAGAUGGACACAUUUGCAGAUUUUGAUACCAUGACAGACCGGCUGCUGGACGAGAUCAUCCAGCACAUUCAGUUAUACAACCUCUCCAUAUCCCGAAUUAGCUUCAUCGGCCAUUCUCUUGGGAACAUCAUCAUCCGGUCUGUUCUCACUCGGCCCCGGUUUCGGUAUUACCUCAACAAACUGCACACGUUCCUGUCACUGUCUGGGCCUCACCUGGGGACCCUGUACAACAACAGUACCCUGGUUAGCACAGGCUUGUGGCUCAUGCAGAAAUUGAAGAAAUCCGGGUCCCUUUUGCAGCUGACCUUCAGGGAUCAUGCUGAUUUGCGCAAAUGUUUCCUCUACCAGCUAAGCCAAAAAACAGGGCUGCAGUAUUUUAAGAAUGUCGUACUGGUUGCUUCUCCCCAAGACCGCUAUGUGCCAUUUCAUUCGGCCAGGAUCGAGAUGUGCAAGACUGCCCUCAAAGACAGACACGCAGGGCCAGUUUAUGCAGAAAUGAUCAACAACCUUCUCCGCCCUCUGACGGAAGCCAAGGACUGCACUUUAAUUCGCCACAACGUGUUCCAUGCCCUGCCAAACACUGCCAACGCCCUGAUCGGCCGAGCUGCCCACAUCGCUGUGCUGGACUCAGAACUCUUCCUAGAGAAGUUCUUCUUGGUGGCUGGACUCAACUACUUUAAGUAG